AUGACUGUCCCACGACCGCUGCCCGAAGGGGGUUUCUCAUUUACUUGGCAACCCACUAUCGAGCCUCUCGACAUAACAACAAAAGAGUUCCUUUCCACGCGCCCACUCAUUAGAGGAGCAGCCACCGGAGCGUUCGUCUUCUCAAAGGCCACGGGCGAGGAUAGGGUGCUCAUCGUCCAGCGGGCCCCGCACGACACAAUGCCCCUUCGCUGGGAGGUACCCGGCGGAGCCUGCGACUUGGAAGAUGCGACAAUACUUCACGGACUUGCCAGGGAGCUCUGGGAGGAGGCCGGGCUAAAACUGAAGAGCAUUACGCGGCAGAUUGGGCCAGAGUAUAGCUUCUUUACCAGCAGAGGCCUUGUUGUUACAAAGAUCAACUUCGAGGUCGAGGUAGAGAGUCCAGCAUCUGCGGGGGAGGGGCAGGCCCUGCCAGAAGUGACGCUCGACCCCAACGAGCAUGUGCGCUUCCUGUGGGCCACCGAGGACGAGUGCCGUCAAGGAAGGGUCACUGUCGUUGGCGAUAGUGAACAUCAAAUGGCCGCCGCACCAGAACGUGCAGAUGAUGGCGACUCUCUAUUCGACUCUUCCUGCCCCUUCAAGGGCGUCGUUAUCUGCUGUACAAACGUCUCGACAGAACUGAGGACCGACAUUGCAGCCAAGACGGCCGAACUCGGGGGCGUACACAAAUAUGACCUGACACCCGACUGCACGCAUUUGAUAGUGGGCGACUACAACACGCCCAAAUACCGCCAUGUCGCCAAAGAACGACCCGACGUCAAGCCCAUGGCCGCCGGCUGGGUCGAGGCCGUCCGCAACCUCUGGGUCCAGGACGCCGAGAUCGACUUUGUUGCGCUCGAGAGAGAGUGGCAGUUGCGCACUUUUGAGACGGGCGGAGGGGAGCCCAUGCCCGACGGCACCGUGUCUAGGCGCCGGAACCUCCUCUGCUGCAUGACCGGUUUUGAGGACCCGGAUCUGCGCCAGCAGAUCACCCAAAGCAUCGAGUCGAAUGGCGGCGUCUACACGGGCGAUCUCACGAGACGAGUCACCCACUUGAUUGUCCACAAACCAGAAGGACGCAAGUACCAGGCCGCGCAGAAUUGGGAGGUUCGAACAGUUUCGGUUGAGUGGGUUUUCGACAGCAUCGAGCGCGGCAUGAUCCUGGACGAGAAGUGCUACGACCCAGUCUUGCCGAAAGAGGAGAGGGGCGUGGGCGCAUGGAACAGACAAAAACCUCGGCGAGUCUCAUCCUUGGGCAAGAGACUCAGGGAAAGCAGCGCUCUUCAAGAGGACGGGAAGAGGAAGUUGCGCAAGACGGCAAGCAUGAAGCUAAACAGCCAACGGGACAAUCUAUGGGGUGACAUCUUGGGAAAGUCACCGGCGCAAGACCUCGGACCGGUUUCCCUUAAAGACGCGCCAGCCAAGGCCGCCACCAUGCCACCCACGCCGUCUGCCCAGCAAUCAGGAGGGUCCAAGUCGAUUGACACCCAGGGGUCAAAGCUGUCGUCAUUCGGUGCCCCCGACCCCAACGCCAUCUUCGCCUCCUGCUGCUUCUUCGUGUACGGCUUCUCGGCCCAAAAAGCUGAAAUUCUCAUGAAUGUCAUCGCCUCUCUCGGCGGCUUGAUUUGCCAAUCCCUCGACGAGGUGAUUUCGACAUCCGGUGCUCAACUAGCCCACCGCUUCCUGAUCGUACCGCAGGCUUCCUCUCCAGAUACCCAUCCACAAAUUCCCGACAACGUACACAUCAUAACCGAGUUUUACAUUGAGAGAUGCCUGCACAAGAAGUACUUUUUCGAUCCGUCCCAACACGUCAUCGGGCGUCCAUUCCCCGCGUUUCCGAUUCCUGGAUUUGAGGAUCUGGUGAUCUGCACGGCUGGCUUUGCCGGGGUUGACCUCAACCAGGUGGAUAAAGCCAUACGACAGUUGGGGGGAAAGUACGUUGAAAGAUUCACGGCAGAUGUGUCCAUACUCGUGUGUCAUUCCCUGGCUGCGACCCGGAAAGACAAGCUCGAGUUUGCACGGGCGUGGAAGAUCCCAGUGGUCAGUGCCGAGUGGUUGUGGGAAUGCAUUUCGACCGGGUUUAGGAUCCCAAUCAAGCGGUUCCUCUUUCCGGAGUUGAAGCAGAAUAUUACAAGCCCGAAGCAAUUGAGGGCAAAAGCCAAAGACAGCACAAACGGUCAUGAUGACAAACCCCCAACUAGGGGGCUUGCUGAUCAAAACCCGGCUCCGAAGCCGACGGUGAAGCCCACGCCGCGCCCUGAUUCGGACGACGCGUCCACACGACCCAAGGGAUCAGGGGAGCCGGGUCGUGCGGAAGGUGGCCCAUACGAACGCGAGUCGAACUUUACCACUACGACGCACUUCGCAACAGCUCUUAGCCAUCAAUUCCACACACCUAACGCCGAGGGCACGGGAUCCAGCAGCAAGACUUCCACUGCCGCUCCCCUCUUGGAGGCUUCAGCCAACGCGCUAAACAAGUCGCCCUCCUCUUCCUCGCGGAAAGUGCCUGGCCCAGACCAACAACAACCCCCCUCCCGUAAAGGCCUAAGCAGGAUUGCCAGCGAAGUGGCCGAUUCGGAGGCCACCGAGGGCGAUGUGUGCCGGCCGGAGGACAUCCCGGCAGACGACAUCGACAACGAUGUGGAGAACCAGCCUGAUGAUAACAGCGCUGGCAGAGCAGCGGUGGAACAAGAAGAAAAAGAGGAGCAGGCUCGACUAGACGCAGCCGCAGCCGCAGAGAGGCAAAGGCAGCAGCAGCAACUCGAAGCCGAGAGGGCCGAGGCAGAGCGCCUGGCCAUCUCGACCAAGCUUGCCAGUUCCCUCUUAGACUCUAAUACAGGGGCUGCUGGCGGCAAUACCCUUCUUCUUCCCACCAGUACUACUACCGCCGCACCUGUUGUAGGCUCUGCGACAGUCUCAGACGCUACCGUCCCUCAAGUUGCUCCUCCAGUAGACGACUUAACGCUGGCGGCGGCGACGGCCCGCCCAAAGCGGCGCAAGCGCGAGAUCCUCGGCCGCGCCGUCAGCAACGUCUCGGUGGCUUCAGCCGCUAGCAGCGCUAGUGCCGGCGAUUCGGCGGCGGCUGGUUGUACGACUCCUGCCACUACUACAACAGGUAAACCGGUCGAUGGCGUUGAAGCACCGCCGGUGCCUGCCUCGACGCAACUCGAGUACGAAGACCCGGAGGCGAAGCGGUACAAGGCGCAGCUGAUGAGCAAGAUGCUUGGCAAGGACAAGGGCGCGUCGUUUUCGUUUCCGCAGCAGCAGCAGCAGCACGAAGCAGAGGAAGAGGGGCACAAGCUGACAUUGGCUGAGAUGGGGCUGAUGAUGCAGCAGCAGCAGCGGUUUUUUGACGAGGCCAGCAGUGCUAAGGAGAGGCGGGCGACUAGGCGGAGGUGA